CUUGAGUGACGUCACGAGUUAACCGUUUAACGAAAGUGAAAUUAAUAAAUUUGAAUUUUAACGGAUUCGAUUCUACCUACGUAACAAUUGACGUAACAAACGUUCGUUUUUCUUCGAAGAUGGAGGGCGAGAAAGAAGCAUUAGUUAUUGACGAAGACUCAUUAGAAAUUGACGUUGUUUCUGAAGACUGUCUGACAAGUCGACCUGUGAAGAUCCCACGACCUCCCAAUGCUUUUCUCUUAUUUUCUCAAGAUUAUAGGAAGAAGUUUUCAGAACAAAACCCAACGGAAAGCAACAAAAUGAUCAGCAUCCGCUUAGGAAACGCUUGGAGGAUGCUUUCAAAAGAGCAGAAAGAAGAAUACUUCGAGAAAGCCAAAAUUUGCGAAUAUGAGCAUCGUCUGAAAUAUCCAGACUACCAGUACAAUCCAUUUGUUGCUAGAAAGCGCAAACAGCAAAUGAAGGAAGAGAGGCAGAAAAGCAAACAAAUGAGGGAAACCAAUGAAGAUAAAAGAAUUGCUGUAGAAAAAUUGGACAAAAAAUGGCUACAUCAAAAGCAAGAUAAACCAGCUCCACAUAUACACACUUUGCCAUCAUCCAUAAUGUCCGGAAGAUCCGGAAUUCAAAAUUCAUCUUCCACUCUCAAUUCUGUUCCAUUGAUUAACCAGCAAACUUUGUUGGAAAGCAAAAUUUUAAUACAAACCCAACAAAGAGAACAAACUCGAAAUUUUCAAGAACAGCCGCAUUCUCUUGUAUCUGUAGAUGGAAAAUACGCAAUGAUUGAUCCUCAGCAGCAUCUUUAUAUCUUUCAACCCAACCAAAUAGGCAAUAAGAAAAUUGAGAAGACUGAAACUACCGCUCACACAAAGAUUCACGAGUCUCAAGCGGAAUUAAGUAGAGACUGUAAGCUCUCUGCUCCAUUAAACGACAUUCCUCUUGUCAAUGGCGGACGGAUAGAUGCAGAUGGAACAUCAAGAUUCCCAUUUCAUUCUAUAAAUUCCGAAUGUCUCGUACAACCUAGAGUAUAUACACCUGCUACAAGCUAUUAUCAUUUAGCUAAUCCUCCACCAUUUUAUUAUCCAGAGAGUUAUUAUUCCCGUCUUUAUUGCAGAUAUCCAUCUCCAUAUUUCUACAAUUAUAGUUACGGAUUCAGAAAUUCCCUAGGAGCAUGUCCUUCCUGCUCGGAUCCAUCGAUCAUUCGCCGUGCCUUCAACUAUCAAUCUUCUGGAGAAACAUACCAAGUUCUUUCUGAAAGUCUUCACACUUUGAACUCGCAACCUUUAUAGAAGAACUUGUUCUUUAUUUUAUAAAUUAUUUCAUAUAACGGCAGACGAAUUACUUUUUAGCGUGAAGAGUUUGCUAUGUUCCUUGGUUCUCUGUGUUUUAACUCUUCAUUUUAUCUUAUGAGUUAAAAAGUCCUGCUCAUAUUUUAUUAUCCAAACUAUAACGGAGCACUUUAUUUCUGAUUAUAAAUAUUUAUAUAAAAUAAAAUUUUAUUACAAAAAAAUACAUUUAUAAUGAAUUUUACUAUCUUAAAGAAAGAUAGUGUGUUUAGCUUUUUCUGUAUGCAUUGAUAUAAUGAACUUAUUAUUCUGCUUUUUAAUUCCAUUGAUUGUAAUUAGUGAAGUUCGCUUUAUUUGAAUAAA